UUCCUAUAUUUUCUCCUUCAUUUCUUAACUCUCAAGUCUCCUCUCUCUCUCUCUCUCUCUCUCUCUCUCUCCUCUUCACAUAAGGAAGAGGUAGCUACGUCUGGAGUUUUCCCUCCUAACCCAAUUUCCCAAAUUCUCUCUCUCUCUCUCUCCAUGUCUCCUGCAAUAGACACGGCGGCUGAGGCCGAGCUGCAAGGCAAAAGGGAUUCAAUAAUAAUGGAAAGCCAAAUAUAUCAGAAAGGAGUGAAAAAUCUGUGUGAUGAAGGCAUUUCAAAAGUCCCUACGAAGUACAUAUUGCCUCCCUCCGACAGACCCAACUGUACAGUCAAAGAAUCAGAACUAAAAGGAACCUCUGGCUCUGGGCUUCAUCUUAAGCUGCCCCUCAUUGACUUUGCUGAAUUACAGGGUCCAAACCGCUCCCAUGUCCUUCACACUCUCUCUAAUGCAUGCCAACAGUAUGGCUUUUUCCAGGUGGUGAAUCAUGGAAUCCCAGAGCAUGUGACCAGCAGUAUGAUAGAUGUGGGGAGGAGGUUCUUUGAUCUGCCAUUGGAAGAAAGGAGCAAGUACAUGUCGAUAGACAUGCAUAAGCCGGUGAGAUGUGGAACCAGCUUUAACCAGACCAAGGACGGCGUCUUCUGUUGGAGAGACUUCUUGAAGAUAUAUUGCCAUCCCUUGUCCGACGUCCUUCCCCAUUGGCCUUCUUCUCCCCAUGACUUCAGGAAAAUGGCGGUUACUUACUCCAAAGAGACCAAGUUCUUGUUUCUGAUGCUAACGGAAGCCAUCCUGGAGAGCCUGGGACUAUUGGGAACGACCAUGAUGACCAAGAAGAAGAAGAAGACAGCAGCAGAGGACGCGGAAGAGGAAGAGGAACAGGAAGAGGAAGAUGAGAUAAUGAAGGAAUUCAGAGAAGGGAGCCAGCUGAUGGUGUUGAACUGCUACCCACCCUGCCCCCAGCCUGAGCUAACCCUAGGAAUGCCUGCCCACUCCGACUACGGUUUCCUCACCCUCCUCCUCCAAGACAACGUCCCCGGUCUCCAAAUACAAUUCCAAGGCCAAUGGCUCACCCUCCAACCCCUCCCCAAUUCUUUCGUUGUCAAUGUCGGCGAUCACCUUGAGAUAUUUAGCAACGGAAGGUACAAGAGCGUGCUUCAUAGAGUCGUCGCCAAUUCUGCGAACUGUCGCAUCUCAGUGGCAUCCCUGCACAGCCUCCCCUUCGACUACGUGAUCAGACCGUCGCCCAGACUAAUCGAUGAAGAAAACCCAAGGCGUUACACGGACACCGAUUUCGCUAGCUUUCUAGACUACAUCUCAUCUUGCGAACCCAAGAAAAAGAAUUUCUUGGAGUCUAGAAAAUUGACUUAAUUGGUUAAUGAAGCACGGCUGCACACAUGCUAAUCCAGCUAAAAAGUCAAAAAGAAAAAGGAAAUCUAUAUAUAGCCAUGCCUCUGUAGCUUCAGUUUUAAUUUAGCAGUGGCCUGUUUGCUUGAUUAACUGUAAAGUGAGUUGGUUUAUAUAGAAAGAAUGUAAUAUUGGUGAAGCAUGUAAAGGAUUGGCUAAGCUUUUACUUAGCUUCAUUGAUCAUAAUGAAAAUCGAAGUGUUGUUUCCGUGGA